ACACAAGAGCAGAGCACGCACACCCAGAAGGCCAGAAGCAACUGCAUAGGAGUUACGGAGUACCUUUCAAAAACUGCAUAGGAACAGAGAGCGGGAAGAAGCAGAGAACAAUGGCAAGUGAAGCAGACCUGAAGCUUCUCGGCACGGCGGUGAGCCCGUUCGCUGUCCGCAUCCGCAUGGCGCUCCACAUGAAAGGACUCCCCUACGAGUACCUCGAGCAGGACCUCGUCAACAAGAGCGACCUCCUCGUCACCUCCAACCCGGUGUACAAGAAGGUGCCCGUACUCAUCCAUGGCGGCAAGCCCAUCCUCGAGUCGCUCGCCAUCGUGCAGUACAUCGACGAGGUCUGGAGCGGCAAGGCCCUCAACAUCCUCCCCGCGGACCCCUACCAGCGCGCCACCGCUCGCUUCUGGGCCGCCUACGCCGACGACAAGCUGUUCGCUGCAUACCUCGGCAUUUUCGGAGCGGUGACGGAGGUGGACAGGGCGGAGCAGGUCGGCGAGACGUUGGCGGCGGUCGAACAAUUAGAAGGGGCGUUCAUCCAGAGCUCGAACGGGAAGGCCUUCUUCGCGGGCGACUCGGUCGGCUUCCUCGACCUCGUGGUGGGGUGCCACCUGUUCUGGCUCGAGGCGAUGGGCAAGAUGGCCGGCGUCGCGUUCCUGGACACCGGCAAGACGCCGCUGCUGGCCGCGUGGGCGGAGCGGUUCGGGGAGACCGAGGUGGCGAAGGAGGCCGUGCCGGAUGCGGACGUUGUGGUGGAGUAUGCCAAGAAGCGACAGGCGGCGGCUGCCAAUUGACUGGCUUCGGAGUUCAGAUCAGUCCGAAUUGUAUCUACUGCGUAUCUCAAACUCAAACAGGAUACACGUCGUUAUGUAAUCAGGUCCGCCAGAUCCCGUACCGGCGGACGAUUUCAGACCA